AUGUCUGAGCGAAAGGUUCUUACCAAAUACUACCCGCCGGACUUCGACCCGAGCGCGCUCACGAGAAAACGCGGGCCCAAGAGCGUCGGGCCCAAAGUGCAGACCGUCCGUCUCAUGGCGCCCUUUAGCAUGCAGUGUCUGCGCUGCGGAGAGUUCAUCUACAAGGGCAGGAAAUUCAACAGUCGCAAGGAGACGCCCGAGAACGAAAAGUACCUGGGGAUCCAAAUCUUUCGCUUCUAUAUCCGCUGCACGCGGUGCUCGUCCGAGAUCACCUUUGUCACGGAUCCCAAGAACGGCGACUACCGCUGCGAGCGCGGCGCCAAGCGCAACGUGGAGCCCUGGCGCCAAAACACCGAGGACGAGACGGACGAGCAGCGCCUCGCGCGCCUCGAGCAGGAGGAAGAGGAGCGCAACGCCAUGGUUGAGCUCGAGGCCAAGACCGUCGACGCCAAGCGCGAAAUGGCCGUUGCCGACGCUCUAGACGAAAUUCGGACGCGCAACGCCAGGCUGGAGCGCUCCGAGCGGGACGGUGUCGAGUUCACGGUUGCCGCGCCCGAGGAUGAUGAGGCCGCCCGGCAGGAUAAAGAAGAUGAAGAAGCCGCCAAGGCUGCGUUUGCGGCAUCGCGGCAGGUGGACGACAUUGUGGAUGAGGUUCUGGAGGAAACCGUUCUAGACGCAGAGAUGCCGCCCCCACCCCUGCCAACUAUUAGAAAGGCGCCGCCGGUCAAGAAAAAGGUCGGUCCAACUGCCUUGGGAAUCAAGAAAAAGGAAGCAGAGCCUCAGCCGCAGGCUGUAAAAGCACCAGAGAAGAAGCCCAUGGCCAGUCUGGUGAGCUAUGAUUCGGAUUCGGAUUAA